AUGCAUUAAUUUAUGAUUAGCAACUUUGGCAUGAAGUACAAAACCCUUGACUAUCAUGUUACUGGUGAAAUUUAUGGCAGCGGUCGUCACUUUUCUGGUAUUGCCACUGACUUCAUUCAAUAUCCUUCCAGAAUAGUAGUGUUUCUGUUUUCUGAUGAUGAUGGUGCAGAUUAUAAAAAACUAUCUGCAUGGACGAUUAAUGGUCAGACUAUCUUUUUAGAAAUGAGUUUCUUCGCCAAGUUCAUUAAUAGAGACAAGAUCAGCGAUUUCUUCUUUGAGUUUGGAAGUCAGUGGAAGGGGUAUUUCGUUAGAAUGGCUCUGGCCAAGAUCAAAGAGACGACCACACAGUUCUAGGAACUUGACUUCUAUAAUAAAAGAGCAAUCAUCAAUGACUACUUGACCAAAGAACUAUCUCAGUUGUUUUUAAAUCAAUCUAAUAACGCUCUAAAUGUGACUGAGGUGCAGUUAAGAAAGAUUGAAUUGGAGGAAGAUCUAGAAGAUGCUGUGGAGGAUAAGUUGAUUGAACUGCAGUCUCAGAGAAAAUGGAUUAUUAAUCAAAAUAUCUCCAUCAUUAAGAAGGAAACAGAGUUGAUUCAAUAAUAUGCUCAAAACAAUAUUACUGUUAUCUAUGCCUAAGCCACAGCUAAUGCAACUUUAAUAAAAGCAAGAGCAGAGGCGAAUGCCAUCAACACUGAGUAUGUAGGUUAUGCAAAUGCUUUUAAACUCUUAAAAGACUUUGUUGGCUUUACAGACACAAAUGCCUGGAUCAGCAUAAUGUUUGCCGAGAUGCUUACUAAACUAACGGAUCAAACGCGGCUUAAUCUGGGAUUUACCUCAGAUCGCCAAAUAGCAUCUCUCUACUCAUUAAUCUGA